UACAUCAUUAUAUUCUAGUGGUCUGAUCUUUAAGUGUCUCCAUAACUCAAUGAUGCAAAAAUGGGGCCAUAAGAGCAUUUUCAUCCUAGUAUAAAAAACCUCAUUUCAUUCAUUUCUUUUCCAAUCCACCCAUGAUCUAAUAACACAUAUACCGGCCAACUUAAAAACAAACUCAAAGAGUUCAAAACCAUGCAACCAACCAAGGUUUCAGAACUUCAUUACGCAUAUCCUCCCCAUAUAAAUCAGUUUGGCUUGAACCAAAACAACUCUCCAACAUUUAUAUGUAGCAGAUUCUCCAAUGAUUUCUAUCAUCUUCAAAACACUAGUCAUCAAAUUCAAGGAUUCAACACACAGCCAACGUCUUUAAGCAGUAACUCUACCUCAGAUGAGGCAGAUGACCAGCAACUUAUAAGCAUCGUCAAUGAGAGGAAGCAAAGGAGAAUGAUAUCCAACAGAGAAUCUGCCAGGAGAUCACGUAUGCGAAAACAGAGGCACUUGGAUGAGCUAUGGUCACAGGUGGUUUGGCUUCGGAAUGAGAAUCAUCAACUCAUUGGCAAACUGAACCAUGUCUCUGAAUACCAUGAUAGGGUCGUUGAAGAGAAUACUCAACUCAAAGAAGAAGUUUCAGAACUUCGUCAAAGGCUGGUAGACAUGCAGCUCAAUAGCCCUUGUACAACUUUUGGAGAUCUGGAUGAUAUAUAGCUGGUGGCAAGACUAAUCUAGGAACUGAAUACUCUGACCAGUCGAAUGCAAGUUCUACAGACUUCCUUCAUUAAGCCAGUCUGCCUAUUUCUAUCUGUUAGUAUCUAUUUUCAUCAGAAUUCAGGUCACUGUUGUUGUAUGAGCAAAUUGAAUAAAAUCACUUGCAGGCUGAACUUUUGGUUA